AAAUAGAAGCAGAAACCGAAAAGAUGCCGGCCCCGGUGAACCGACUGCGGCGGCAGUCGACGUCGGCAGCGUUUGUCUUGUUCUUUUUCAACUCGAUCUUCUUCUUCUCCGUCUUCAUAAGCGUCAACAUCUUUUGCCAUGUCAGCGCGCAAGAUACAUCCAGCUAUUAUUUUCCAUCACAAAAUCGUUUUGUGCCAUCGUCUGGAUCGUUUCCCCGCCAAUCGCAAUCAUCAUUAAGCGGCUUUCGUGGCUCAAAUUCGGGAGGAUUUUCACCUUCGCCGGGCUCCUAUCAAGAGCAACUCUUGUUUAUAGCCAAUGAGAAUGCCCAGAAGCAGCCAACAUCAUCAUUGGCCGGCAAUUCCCCAUAUGGUGGUUCAUCGUUCGGAGCCGUUGCAGUAGGAGGAAGUGGCGGUGGAUUGCCCACUUCACAAUUCGCUGCGAAACAACCGAAUCGGCAAUCAGACUAUUACGAUAUUUCACCACGCCCCUUUGGUGUGCCUGUCGGUGGUGGUGGUGGUGGCAGUGGCCUAACGUCCGCGUCCGCAUCGGCUGCAACACUGGCCAAUGGCUUCACACGCUCCAAGGCGAUACGCAACGGCAACAGCAACGGCAACGGGAUCGGCAGUGCCGCCAGUUCAGGGAAUAGCCUCACGGGUGGCUUCCAGCCGCAGGCACAGCGCAUCAAUGUGCCCCACCAGCAGACCCAGUUUCUGGCACACUUCAGCGAGGCAACGAACGACAAACAGCGAUUGCCCUCAUCGAGUCGUCCAUUUGGCAAUGGUGGAGGAUUCUCUCCCACGCGCACACGCAGCCAAGCUCCUGUCUCGGCCAUUACGGAGGCUGCAGCAACAUCCUCCGCCGCUGCUGUGCAACCAUAUCGUUCGCGUAAUCGCUUUCAAUCACAGCCAUCGUCAACAACGGUUUCGUCAACCACGACGGGAAGUAGUAAUGAAGUGAGCAGCAAACGUUACAAUCGCUUUGGCAGCAAUCGAUCGAAGACAACCACAUCAACCACACAAAAUACUCCAGCCGAGCGUCCCAGUUUUGGACGCAAGUCACCUAAUCCCCGGCGACCGGUGUUCAUUAGUCGUGAAGUCAAUGAGCCAGUUAGUUUGGUUAGUAAGCGACCUUUCACCUAUAACAGUGCCAGAUUGAAGCUACCGCGACCCACAUCUAGCACCACUAGCACAACAGAGAGUCUAGAAGAAGAGGAACUGGAGGAGGAGGAGGAGGAGGAGGCGGAAGAGCAUGAGGGAGAAGAGGAAAGCAGCGAACAGGAUGACCAUUCGGAGGCUUCGAGUUUGGAGAAACUUCCACUGCAAGAGGAAAUAACAAGCACCAGCAAAUAUGAAUCAUCAACCAGUGCCAGCUUUGAACAGUCGAGUCCCACUAUAUUGACAUCCAAUUUCUAUCUGCCUGAUGGUUCACGAUUGGAUGCAACAGCCACCAAUACUACUAGUGACAAGGAGACGGAAAAGAACACUUUGAGCACAGAGGAGGAUACCCAAACGGAAUCUCUAGAGACCACUGAGGGAGAUACAGAUGUGACGACUUUACGUCCAGUCUAUGAGUACGAAUACGUUGGAGAAGAUGAAGAAGCCACCACUGUAAUGCCAUCAAACAAUGAAUCUACCGAAGAGGAACACCCUGAAGUAGAAAUUAUAACCACAGAGAUCCUUCCAGUAGAGACAUCUUCCACAUCGACCACAGAGAAACCGAAAGAAAAGGAAGAUUCACACAACCAAGAAGAGGAUUCACAAUCGGAAUAUGAUGACGAGGAGGGUAGUGCGGGUGAUGAUGAAUAUGAAUACGAUGAAGAGGAUAGCGAGGGAGCUGAUGAAGAAGAUGCCACCAAUGAAUCAGAGCCGUCUGCCCAGCAUGAAGAUGAUCGUGAAAUUGUCUCGGUCGUGACCACCAAGAGCGUGGUAAAUGGUUCCACUGCCUAUCCAGCUCCAGUUACCCCAAGUACCAGCACGACAACCCUUGGCGAUAGCCAACCGGCUCCCCAGCUAGAAGAGGAGGAACAAAAAACCGAGCCUGUUGUAACAAAUACCACUCCCUUACCCGAUAGUCAAUCGACGCCCAAUGUAACUGAGAGUUAUGUCGUCGUGGCUUCUAUUCAAACCAGUCGGAGCAUUAAUGGAGCUCGUUUCCUACCCUUCCCCGCCAUUGAGCAGGAAGAGACAAAGCAAACGCUCUCGGAACUAGAGCGAAAAGUUCACUCCAAGCAACAACAGCAGAAGACCAUGGAGAGUAGUGAAGAACCACCGAAUACAACACCCACCACCACAACCACAACGACCAGUUCAUCUUCAUCCAUUGCUGCUGCCUCCGUGGGUGCCUCCACAGAGAGUAUUAUUGAUAAACUGGACCGUGUGCAAUCGGAGCUGUCCAGUGGCCUACUCUCAGGCAAAUAUCCAAUCAUUAGCCAAAUGGAUGCCUCAACGCCGGCCACCAGCACCACCGUGGGCACUGGAAGUGGAAAGUUUGUGCCUCAUAUAAGGAAAUUCCAACCAAAGACUACAAGUGCUCCAACAACCACAAGCAGCGGUGGCAAACUGAAAGUCCAGCAUUUCGAUGAGAGUGAAAUGGAUGAGCUAGCUGGACUUUUGCCCGUUGGCUUUAAGCCCAAAUCCAGCUAUAAAAAUCGCAAGAUUACCACCACGACAACCACCACAACUACUGAGUCGCCCUCUUUGGCCAAUCUAGCAAAGAAACCGGGACGUAAUUCCACAAUAAGUCGAUCCUUUAAGAAUGGCCUUGUGACCGUGCAGGAUGUGGCUUUGGCAGGACUUCUGCCCAAGGGCUAUAAGCCACCAAGAACAACACCAUCGACAACAACAACAACGACUGCGAAUCCAGAUGAGAGUACGGCCCAAACAUCUUCCGCUUUGGAAAGCCUCUUCAGUGACAUUAAAUUUGACGACAGCCUGGCUGCCUUGCUGCCCAAGGAUUAUAAACUAAGCACCACAACGCCGCCGUCGCCAGCUCCAAAGGAAGUCGACGGUUUGUUCAAGUUCCUGCCACCUGGAUAUAAACAGAACAAAAGUAUAUCGACAACUACAGCCAGAUCUCCACCAGUUGCUGUGCCUUUUGAUGAUCUUAGUAAAUUCCUGCCUCCAGGUUACAAGGCACCAAAGGAAAAGAAGGUGGAAGCGGAAGCUAAAAUACCUUUAGGUGUGACACCUAUCAAAUUGGAUGACUUGAGCAGUUUACUGCCACCGGGCUUUAAAUUAAAUCAAACUGACAAGGGCAAAGAAGAAUUGCCCGAGUCCUUGCUGCCACCUGGUUACAAGUCGAAGAGCAUCCAUCCAGCUUCGACAACGACAACGACGUCUACAACAACGACCAGUAAACCGGAAAGUACUGAAGCUGCUGCCGGAGAAUCAACAGCUUCGGGAGGCGGUCUGAAAGUGGUCUUCCCCAAAGGUUUCCAUAAGCGUUUGGGUGCUCAUCGUUUGACCACUCCGCACACACCUCACGAUGUUCCCACGCCACACGAUGGUGGAUCGGCUUCAUCUCAGGUGGUCAUUAAGAAGGGACCACCGAUGCGUGCCACCACAGAGUUCACAGGAUGGCCCACACCGCCGACUACUCCCUUAUCGAUUGACAAACUGAAUGCUCAGACCAUUAACUUUGAGGAUCUUCUAACAGCUAGUGCCAGUAGUACAACAACAACAACUGCAGCUCCGGUCACCACAACGACAACAACAACAACGACACCCAGACCUACAAAACCAGGACACUGUACAGCAGAUUGUGAUCUGGCUGCAACAAUUAAGAUCAUCGAUGGAGUAGCCUGGAAACCAGAAUUACUUGAUCACAAUACGCUCGAAUGGAAGAACCUAGCACAUGAGCUAGAGGCACAGCUAAAUGAUGUCUAUUCUAGUGCCCAACAGCUCAACAAAUGGUACAAGAAAGUUCGCAUUGAUAGCUUCAGCAAGGGCAGCGUUCUGGUUGACUACUAUGUGGAAUUGGCCAAUAUUACAGAAGAUGUGGAUACCUUGGAGAUUCGACAAUUAUUCCAUGAUGCCCUAACCAAGCCGACAACGCCAAUUCUACCCGACAAAGAUGCCCAGGAGAAUGAGACGGACAGUGUGGCAGGACCCCAGGAAGAGCAUUUGGUCAAAGCCAGCUAUCAGAUGGGAAAAUAUAUUAUUGAUCCUGUUGCUACGGAUUUCAGUGUCAUAGCCAAAAAUCUACAGACAAAUGUUGAAUAUGCUGAAGAAGAUCUUCUCAUUCCACAAUGGGCCAUAGUUGUGAUUGUUAUUGGCGUGGGAUCAUUGGUCUUUGUCAUCAUCUUUGGAGUCACAGUGCUUCUUAAUCGCCAGAAGAGAGCUAAGAAGGCACCAAUUCCUCUGACCAAUGAUAUGCUUAAUGAGCUGAAAGUAAAUCACAUGGGCGGAGUAGAUAACUAUGGUGUGGAUGACUUUUAUAACAUAGAUGACCCUUGGAAUGAUACCAAGCAGCCAAUUAAACCUAAGCGCUUUACCAACUCCAUGCAUGGCAGCAAUAGCUCCAAUAUCUAUGAUAGCUGGCGAUCUACCCGUCAUCCUCAUAGCAGCAGCGGCGGAGGCGGUGGCGGUGGAGGUGGUGCUGGUGGUGACUAUUUCUAUGAUCAACAGCCGACCUAUUCGCAAAAGGGUGACUCUCUGAAGCGGCCACAACUCAAUCAUCAUCAUCACCAUCAUCAGUAUCCAUCACAUCAGCAGCAGCAUCAGCAGGCAUAUGGACACCAAUAUCCAGAUGCCUUUGCCGAUGCCCACCAAAUGUAUAGCUAUAAUAAUCAUCCAAACCGAACGCGCUAUUCUAGAGAUUAUGAUCCAGACUUUUGAGUCUAGUUCUAUUUAGACUCUAAAUACGAUAUACUGCGAUAUACCCAUAUGAAUUAAAGUAUAUCAACCCAUGCACUAGCUUUAGUAACUUGCGAACGAUUUUGUGUGGUAAUUUAAUAGCAUAAAAUAUAUGAGUAUUAAGUUG